AUGGCCUGCUUCAGCACCCUCCAAACAUGCCUCCUGCUUGUAGUCCUACUCUUUCUGAGCCUCUCUACGGCCGAACACACCUCCAAUUGGGCCGUGCUAGUCUCUACCUCCCGCUUCUGGUUUAACUACCGGCACCUUGCAAAUGUCCUCUCCCUCUACCGCACUGUCAAGCGCCUCGGCAUACCCGACUCCCAAAUCAUCCUCAUGCUCCCCGAUGAUAUGGCUUGCAACCCGCGGAACGCAUUCCCGGGCACCGUCUACAACAACGCCGACCGCGCGCUGGACCUCUACGGCGACAACAUCGAGGUGGAUUACAGGGGGUACGAGGUCACGGUGGAGGCAUUCAUCAGACUGUUAACGGAUCGAGUGGGAGAGGACAUGCCGAGGAGCAAGAGGCUGAUGACGGACGAGAGGAGCAAUAUCUUGGUGUACAUGACUGGGCAUGGCGGGAAUGAGUUUCUGAAGUUUCAGGAUGCGGAGGAGAUCAGUGCGUUCGAUCUCGCGGAUGCUUUUGAGCAGAUGUGGGAAAAGAAGCGAUACCACGAAAUGCUCUUUAUGAUAGACACCUGCCAAGCCAACACCAUGUAUUCGAAGCUCUACUCCCCCUCCAUCAUCGCCACCGGCUCCUCCGAGAUCGACCAAUCCUCGUACUCGCACCACGCGGACGCCGAUGUCGGCGUAGCGGUGAUAGACCGAUACACCUACUACAACCUUGACUUCCUCGAGACUCAAGUCACCGAACCCGGCAGCAAGAAGACGCUCGGUGAUCUAUUUGACAGCUAUGAUGAGAGCAAGAUUCACAGCCAUCCGGGUGUGCGGUACGACCUGUUUCCAGGGGGAGAACAGGAGGCGAGGAAGAGGCUGGUCAUGGAUUUCUUUGGCAAUGUCCAGAACGUAGAAGUUGAGGACGGCAGUUCCGGGCUGGGAAACGAGACGGAGUGGAGGGAGGAACUGUUGCAGCUGAGGAAGAUGAUUGAGAGGGAGUGGAGGAGGCAAAAUACGUCAGGGCUCGCUGUACUGCCUGGCGUGGACCCGGCGGAACCAGUGGCUCAAAUACCGAGGAGCAAGCCCGUAGGCGCAGCAAAGGUCGCGGCAGACGAUGGCUGGGCCAAGCAGGCCAUUGGUGUUUCCACGCUUCUAGGUCUUGCUGGUGUCUGGGCCGCUGGCUCAUGGCUUGAGGGCUCAAAGGGAUAA